CCAUGACGGAGAUUAAUGGAGGAGCAUCCGGUAGCCAAAGUCAUCAGAUAUGAACGCCACAAGGGACGCGGCACGCCUGCAGCGUACCGUGGAAGUGCAGCUCGGCCGAGCGGAGCCGAGUUUCUCAAAGUCAAGUCGUCGCGUACACGCAAUUUGAAUAACGAAUGGCCCUCUUCUGCCCUUAUAAGUACCCGCUCAUGGGCGGCCGGGAUUUCGGAACGGGAGUCCUCUCCGGCGAUGGCAAUCGGUCUUCAGGCGGCAACCACGGAGGAGAUGGACGUGUUGCUCGACGAAAACUUCAUGUGCUUGGCUUCGGAACCUUCUCUGGUUCGCCGCACGACUCAGACUCGGGCGACGACGAAGGGCACGGCUUCGCGGAACCGAUCGUCUCCGAUCAGGAUUCCGACGAGGAACAUGGGGAGUACCCGGGCGGUGGAAUUUAGGUACGGGGGUGAGAAUGGUGGUGGAGAAUUGGACGAUGAGGAGGAGGAGGGGGAGGGCAUGGUGCCCCCACACGUUAUUGUCGACAGGAGGAUGAACGGCCGGAAGACGGCGUUCUCGGUGUGCACGGGCAACGGCCGGACGCUGAAGGGGAGGGAUCUGAGGAGGGUGAGGAACCUGGUGUUGACGCAGACGGGCUUCCUCGAGGGACGCUUGGUCUUCUGAAAUUUUGUCUUCUAUUUCUUCUUUUUUCCUUUUCCUUCUUUCUCGGAGGGGUUUCCCUGAUUUUGUUUGCAAAGGUAUUUUUGUUCGUUGAGUCGACGGCAGAGUGUAAAAAUAAAUGAUUCCAGUAAGGUAUCAAAAGACCGAGUUCUAGUUUUCGGUUGUUCAGAAAUUUCCUCAGUCUCUUAGCCGGGAAAAAUUUCCGGCAUACUCAAGUUGUGUCGCCAAUAAAUGAAGAAUAUUGAUGCUUAUGGACGGA